UUGUUUUCUCUUCUUCAUUCUUUCAAGUUCUUCAAUCCAUCAAACACCAUCAUUUAGAUCUCUUUUCACAAAAAAAAAGAAAAAGGAAUCCCAAUUCUUCUUCUUCUUCUUCUUCUUCUCUCUCUCUCUCUCAUAAAAAUUGCUCUGUUCUUGUUUCUCUUUCAUAGAACUCUGUUUUUUUGGUUUCAAGAGUUUGAUGAUCAAAUCUAUACCUCUUUAAAUCAUCAAUCAUGGGGACUCCGGUGAAUAUCAUCGUCGGAUCACAUGUUUGGGUUGAGGAUUCCGAGGAUGCUUGGAUUGAAGGUCAAGUUACAGAAAUUAAGGGCAAAAAUGCUACUAUACUCACUACCAAUGCAAAAAAUCAUCGGCUUCGACUUCAGAUUGUUGCAGAAAUUUCGAGUAUAUAUCCGAAAGAUACGGAGGCGCCGCCGGCGGGAGUUGACGACAUGACGAAAUUGGCGUAUCUUCAUGAACCGGGAGUUCUGCAUAACCUAGCUUGUCGAUUUUCUCUCAAUGAGAUAUACACAUACACCGGGAAUAUUCUAAUUGCGGUGAAUCCUUUCCGGAGACUGCCCCAUUUGUAUGAUAUUCACAUGAUGGAACAAUAUAAAGGAGCUACUUUUGGCGAGCUUAGUCCGCAUCUUUUCGCUGUUGCAGACGCUUGUUAUAGAGCGAUGAUUAACGAGCAAGGGAGCCAGUCUAUAUUAGUGAGUGGAGAGAGUGGUGCUGGUAAAACUGAGACAACAAAGAUGCUCAUGAGAUAUCUUGCAUUCAUGGGAGGAAGGUCAGAUACUGAAGGAAGAACAGUUGAACAACAGGUUUUGGAGUCCAACCCUGUACUGGAAGCAUUUGGAAAUGCCAAAACCGUCAAAAACAACAAUUCAAGUCGUUUUGGUAAAUUUGUAGAAAUACAAUUUGAUAAGAAUUGGAAGAUCUCUGGUGCUGCCAUUCGUACAUACCUUCUCGAGCGGUCACGUGUUUGCCAAGUCUCAGACCCUGAGAGAAACUACCAUUGUUUUUACAUGCUCUGUGCAGCACCACCAGAAGAUGUCAAGAAAUUCAAGGUAGGAGACCCAAGGACAUUUCAUUAUCUUAAUCAAACGAAUUGUUAUGAAGUGGCGAAUGUUGAUGAUUCAAGAGAGUACCUAGAGACGAGAAAUGCCAUGGAUGUUGUCGGAAUCAACCAGGAUGAACAGGAUGCAAUAUUUCGUGUUGUAGCUGCUAUACUGCAUCUUGGAAACGUUGAAUUCAUGAAAGGGAAGGAAUUUGACUCCUCCAAAGUGAAAGACGAGAAGUCAAAUUACCAUCUUCAAACAGCAGCAGAGCUACUCAUGUGUGAUGUAAAGUCACUGGAACAUUCGCUCUGCCAGCGUGUCAUAGUGACCCCAGAUGGAAACAUUACGAAGCCUUUGGACCCAGAUUCAGCAGCCUUGAGUCGUGAUGCAUUGGCAAAAACUGUGUACUCUAGACUGUUUGAUUGGAUUGUGGACAAAAUUAAUAGUUCAAUUGGCCAAGAUCCUAAUGCAGCCAGCUUAAUUGGUGUUCUUGAUAUUUAUGGUUUUGAAAGCUUCAAGGUCAACAGUUUUGAGCAGCUCUGUAUCAACUUGACCAAUGAGAAGUUGCAGCAACAUUUUAAUCAGCAUGUUUUCAAGAUGGAGCAAGAGGAGUAUACGAAAGAAGAAAUAAACUGGAGCUAUGUUGAGUUUGUUGAUAAUCAGGAUGUGCUUGAUCUUAUUGAGAAGAAGCCUGGAGGUAUAAUCGCCCUGCUUGAUGAAGCCUGUAUGUUUCCGAAGUCAACACAUGAAACAUUUGCUCAAAAGAUGUAUCAGACGUACAAAGGACAUAAGCGGUUCAGCAAGCCAAAACUUGCUCGAACAGACUUCACAAUAAACCAUUAUGCUGGAGAUGUUACGUACCAAGCAGAUCAAUUUCUAGAUAAAAACAAGGACUAUGUAGUUGCAGAACAUCAGGCUCUUCUAAAUGCCUCGCAAUGUUUUUUUGUUGCUAAUCUUUUUCCUCCACUUCCCGAGGAGACUUCAAAGCAAUCGAAGUUUUCUUCUAUUGGUACGCGGUUCAAGCAACAACUACAAGCUCUCAUGGAAACAUUGAAUACUACCGAACCACAUUAUAUUAGAUGUGUAAAACCCAACACAGUUCUGAAACCCGGUAUCUUUGAGAACUACAACGUGUUGAACCAAUUGAGGUGUGGGGGAGUGCUCGAGGCAAUUAGAAUAAGCUGUGCAGGAUACCCAACAAAAAGAACAUUUGAUGAGUUCCUUGAUCGUUUUGGAAUGCUUGCUCCAGAUAUUUCGGACGGGUCUGACGAAAAAUCAGCAUGCAUUGCAAUAUGUGACAGAAUGGGCUUAAAGGGUUAUCAGAUUGGAAAAACAAAAGUGUUCCUCAGAGCUGGACAAAUGGCUGAGUUGGAUGCACGACGAACUGAAAUUUUGGCUAAUGCUGUCAGACUCAUCCAGCGGCAAAUCCGAACCUAUCUAACUAGAAAAGAGUUCAUUGCGCUGAGGAGAGCUACAAUUCAUAUGCAGAAACUUUGGAGAGGGCAACUUGCUCGUAAGCUGUAUGAGCAAAUGAGGAGAGAAGCAGCUUCAAUCCGUAUACAGAAGCAUGCACGUUCUCAUGCAGAUAGAAAAUCUUACAAAAGAUUACUUGCAUCAGCUAUAGUUAUUCAAACUGGUAUGCGUGCAAUGGCAGCUAGAAAUGAGUACAGGCACCGAAGAAGAACGAAGGCAGCUAUCAUUGUUCAGACUGAAUGGCGAAGGGCAUCGGCUAUUUCAGCUUACAAACAGCAGCAGAAGGCAACUCUUGCCCUUCAAUGCCUCUGGCGAUCUAAAGUUGCAAGGAAGGAGCUUAGAAAAUUAAAGAUGGCUGCAAGAGAAACAGGAGCACUCAAGGAGGCCAAGGACAAAUUGGAGAAGCGUGUUGAGGAGCUAACAUGGCGCCUAGACUUUGAGAAGCACUUGAGAAUGGAUGUUGAAGAAGCUAAGGGACAAGAGGUCGCAAAGUUACAAAAUGCUUUGGAAGAAAUGCAAGGGCAGCUGGAUGAAGCCAAUGCUGCAAUUAUACGUGAGAGAGAAGCAGCAAAAUUGGCCAUAGAACAAGCUCCACCAGUCAUUAAGGAAGUACCUGUGGUAGACGAGACAAAGCUAGAAAUACUGAAAAAUCAUAAUGAAGAACUUGAGGGUGUGGUUGGAGAGCUAAAGAAGAAAGUUGAGGAGUUCGAAGAAAAGUAUGCUGAAGUGGAAAGGGAAAGUAAAGCUAGACUCAAGGAGGCAGAAGAGGCACAAUUGAAAUCAAUGCAACUUCGAGAGACUAUUGAGAGAUUGGAAUCAAAUUUAUCUAGCCUUGAGUCGGAGAACCAGGUUCUGCGCCAGCAGGCUUUGGUUGCAGCAGACAAUGAGUCCCUCUCAGAAGAACUGGAAACCCUCAAGAGUAAGAUUGGAAGUCUAGAGGCAGAGAAUGAAGUUCUCCGCAAUCGGACAGUGGCUGUUGAACAUAUACCUGUUCCCGCUGCAGCCCUUACAGAAAGCAAGACUUUAGAUAAUGGGCAUCUAAUUGAAGAAGAGAUUAAAUCAACUAAGGAACCAUCUACUGUUCCAAUUAAAUCAACAAAGGAACAAUCUACUGUUCCCAUCCUAGCUAAACAAGGCUCGCUUACAGAAAAGCAACAGGAAAAUCAUGAUGUCCUGAUCAAGUGCUUAGCAGAAGACAAACGUUUUGACAAGGGCAGACCGGUUGCAGCUUGUAUUGUCUACAAGACACUUCUUCAAUGGAGAUCUUUUGAAGCAGAGAAGACAAAUAUAUUUGACAGAAUUAUUCACACAAUCAGAUCUUCUAUAGAGAGUCAAGAAAAUAUCAGCGAUCUUGCCUAUUGGCUUUCAACCUCUUCCACCCUUCUCUACCUUCUUCAAAGUUCACUCAAGGCAACCAAUACAAGUACUGUAGCUUCAAAUCGCAACCGAGCUUCUCCUGCAACCUUAUUUGGUCGUAUGGCAUAUGGUCUUCGAUCAUCGUCAGUGGGCAUGGGAAUGUCCAGUGGAUACAGUGGAAUGGUGGGCAAGACAAACAAUCAAUCUAAAGUUGAAGCCAAGUACCCAGCACUGCUUUUUAAGCAACAUCUGGCUGCAUGCAUUGAAAAAUUGUUUGGGAUGAUACGUGAUAAUUUGAAGAAAGAAAUUAGCCCUUUCUUGCAUCUAUGCAUACAGGCACCAAGAUCAGUGAGGGCCAGAUCAAUAAGAGGGUCAUCUAAAAAUAUUCAUUCAAACAUUGUUGCAAAACAGCAAGCAUCAAGUAUUCACUGGCAAAGCAUUGUCAAUAAGCUAGACCAGACAUUGGAUAUAAUGUUGGAAAACCAUGUUCCCUCCAUGAUCAUGAGAAAAAUCUUCUUCCAAGUUUUCUCAUUCAUAAAUGUUCAGCUUUUCAAUAGCUUGUUACUACGACGUGAGUGUUGUUCCUUCAGUAAUGGAGAGUACUUAAAGUUGGGUCUGCAGGAGUUGGAGCAAUGGUGUAACAAAGCUACCGAUACGCAUGCUGGCAAUUCCUGGGAUGAACUUCAACACAUAAGACAGGCAGUAGGAUUUCUGGUGUUACAUCAGAAGUCCCAGAAAAGUUUGAAUGAGAUCACAGAUGAAUUGUGCCCGAUUCUAAGCAUUCCACAAAUAUAUCGCAUAGGCACGAUGUUCUGGGACGACAAAUAUGGAACUCAGGGAUUAUCUCCUGAUAUAAUUGGAAAAAUGAGACUCCUAUUGGCAGAAGACUCCAUAAACAUCCCAAACAACUCUUUCCUGCUUGAUGUGGAUUCAAGCAUACCAUUUUCAAUGGAAGAAAUAUGCCGGUCCUUUGGCGAGGACGGCGGAGUUAACCUGUCCAACGUCGACCCGCCACCACUUAUAAGACAAAGAUCAGAUUUCCAUUUUCUAGUGCAGCAACUGACUGAAUGAUGAUAUUGGAAGUUUACCACAAAUGGGGAAGUAAGAAAAGAUAUAUUUACUUACUUUUGUUGAUUUGUUUCUCAAAUUGAAAUUUUCCAUCCUUGGUUUUUUUUUGGGGUGGGAGAGACCGAGUGUUCUCGUGUUAAUUCUUUAUUCGUUUAUUUUAUUUUUUUGUACAUUAUACGAGUGGUUUGUGUGUAUACUUUUCUUGUUUUGGUUCCCAGAAAAGAAAAAUGGGAGAAAUUUUGAGUGAGCUUUGCUGUAAGAGACAAAAGAAAAAGGGGGUUAAUGGAUUUUGUGUUAAAUAUUGAUAAAAAUGAAAAAAAAAAAAAAAAA